GUCACUUCUUCGAUUGGAGGUUCAUCAGGUUCUUUUACCAAUAGUGGAAAAAAUGGAACGAAGACCAAGACACGAGAUCUGCGAUUCACUAUCUUGGUCGUGAGCAAUCUUGUACGAUCUUCCACCGUCAGAAACUAUCAUUCGACCGCACGUGGUCUAACUUUGCAUGCAUUUAAGUAUUUCGUUCCCUCCACCGAAGAGUUGUACAGAGUUGUUUCGACGACGUACACAGAUCAUCGUGGCGCUAAACAGUAGAAACAGGCCUCGGUUCCUUCGUGAAGAUGUUGAUGUAUACUCAACAAAAAAAGCAUCUGAUGAUCGCAGAAUAUUUUAUAGUUGGGCCGCGACUAGAUUGAAUAUGACUUGCAAGGCAACUACCGCCCCAAGUGACCCUGCUCUGUUUUACCCAUUUUCUUUACAGUGUAGAGUGUAGAAAAAAGCUUGUAAGCAAAAUAAUCACGACACUCUUUACAUCGAACGAUGGAGUCAACACCACAAGCGCAGCGACAUCUUCAUUACCGGGACUUAUACCGGCAACGCCGCGGCCUUUAUUCCUACCUGUUUAGCUUCAUGAUUCAACUGCGACGUGUGCCGUUGGCCAUUGCCAUAAUACUGACUUUUGUCAACUCGCCCCUGAGUAUUGCGGGCGAAAAUGUCGAAGCCACUUCGAAUCCCAGUGUUGAUAGCCGCAAGGAUAAGACGGCCCAGGCCAAGACUACUUCUACUGUCGAACGUUCAGCCAAUUAUGCCGGGGCUCCACUGGAGGACAAAAACGCAACCGAUGAGGGCGCAAGUGGACGCGAAACUGCGUCUGUUGCAGCUGCCGCGACCAAAAGUACCGAGGAUUUUAUUGACUGCACGACUGACUUUUCCGAGGCGGCGAUUAAGCGAGCGUACCGACGGGCGGCCAGUAGGACCCAUCCGGAUAUAGCGAGUGCACAUCGAGGUCGCGAAGGGAGCAGUAGCGAAGCUGACGGAAAAACAUUAACCUCGUUCGCAGCUAAUGCUGACCGUGCUGAUGAACAGAAGCAUAACAAACAGGAACAGGAUAGAGCGGUUGUGGGCGACUUUGCGGAGCUUCGCGACUCCUGGCUUCGGGAUCCGAUGCGGUUCCACAUCUUCCGGGCGCUCACGCAAACUCGGAAAAGUAGAGAAAGCGCGGCAGAAGGAGACGACAGCAAUGCUGAUUCACAAGAAGUAGGCCCCCGCACAUCAGAACAACUACUAUCCGCUUCAACUACAACAUCGACGGCUGCUGGUGGAGCGUUAAAACAAACUACUACACCAAAAAACAUGAACACGAUCAUCCAGGCGGCGACCGUCUCUGUUCUCUACAACAUUGACCAAAAUGACCCGGAGUGGCCGUAUGUGAAAGUCGACUUGGCGGUGGAUAUUGCGCUUGGACAAAUCGACGGCGCUGCCAAGUGGUCUUUUGCGUUCGGCAGACAAGAGGACCACACGACCGUGCACUACAAAGGAGACGAGGCCAUCGGCGGCUACGAGAUGUGCCACGCGGGGUUUAUCCAGAAUGAGAACCACGAUGCAAUUGAGGGAAAUCGAACCGAAAAAACUCAGAGGACGGAGAAUUAUGAUAUCACCGAGGAAGACGAAGCUCGUGGGCCUGAAACAACUAGUACAACAAGCGGCCCCGACGUCGAGCAGCUCCCAUCAAGGGUAACACCACACGAAAGCAGCUGCGUCGUGCCGAACGCCAAACCCCUCCACCUCUCCGUCCGUCGCCCGUUACACAUCGCGAAGGCCGGCCGGUGGGGCGCGGCACUGCAGAUAAAAGACAGGGAGAACAAUGUCGCUGCCUGUGUUGCCUUCGCGUUUCACGUCGAUAGGGAGUACACGAUGAAGAAACUUGAUGCUGCACAACAAGAACAGGAGGACCACCUCCACGGUGGUGCAUCAUCAUCUUCGGCAUCGACUGGUGAGAGCGGCCUUCCGAAGUGCUCGAAAGGUGACGAGGACAAUGGAAGUAGAGAUGCUAACGCUGGUGGUCCUGACGGCACUACCUCCUCGUCGUGUCAGAACAACUCGGCCAGCGAACAUGAAAGAGGCCAGACCUCGACACAAGGCACUGGAAAAGAAGAUGCUAACUCAAGGUCAAGAACAUCAGGCCCCUCUUCUUCAACAAGAAGCGCCAGCAGACCGUCGGAGCCACCUGAACCUCGAUUCAGGUUCAUGAAGGGUGGCGCUUUCUGCGAGGACGGCGCGGAUAUAUUGGAAGGCCCUCUAGACAAUUAUGGGAGAAACGAUCCGUGGCGCGCGAUGCUCUUUGAUGAGUCUACCAAGAACUCCCACUUUGCUGCGAAACCCGGAACCCACUCCGACUCGGAUCUCUAUGGGGGCAACUGCCGCGCCAAGUGUUUGAAGCGUAAUCGGUGCAGGUUUUACACCAUUUACAGUUCCGGCUGGUGCCAGCUGUCGACCCGAUGUGGUAAGUUGAGAAACACUGGCGACCCACUAACAGCGACCUUUGCGAAAGAACUUGUUUGAUCUAUGCGACUUUCAUAUUUUUUUUUUUCAGAUAAAAAUGAAAUGGCGGUGGCCGUGGCGCAAAGAAAAGAUAUAAG